UUAUCUUUAUUUUCCAUCUGUCAUCGGAUUUUCUCGCGUCCCAAACAGCUAAACAUCUAAUUUUCCACUUUUUGUCCAUUUUAUUUUGUUGUCAUCAGUGAACAAAGAAAGAAAGAACAGAAACACCUCCGAUGAUGCGAGUCAUUUUCCGCUUCAUCAUUCGGCGUUUCCCCCCCCAAUUCAACUCUGAAUCCUUAUGAUUUACGCUCUAAUUCUUAUUAUCAUUCAUAAAUAUAUAUAUACAUCUUACUUGUUUUAUUAUUCACUCACUUUCAAAUAACAUUCCAAUUUCUAGGGUUCUUUCCAAGAAAUUAGGUUUCUAACAAUUCGUCGAAAAUGUUCAACAAGAUCAUAAAGCGUGCACACAAGAAAACAGGGAAAUUAACAUUCCCUGAAAAUUCAACAAACGGACACCAAUUCUACGAAGUAGUUGUAAAACACGCAUCACGUUCCUCCACCACAAAUUCAGAGCCACAAAACCUAAUUCCAACGGCGGCGCCACCUCUUCCAUAUCAAUCCGUAAUCGAAUCACUGCCACCACUUAAAGAAGUCGCCGUUUCAGAACGUUCGUCACUUUUCCUACGAAAAAUUCAACUCUGUUGUUCUAUCUGUGAUUUCUCAGACAGUCUCAAGUUCGUUUUCGAAAAGGAAAUCAAACGACAAACACUUUACGAGCUAGUUGAUAUCAUUCAAUCCAAUUCGUUACAAUUCAGCGAAUUUCAAGAAGAGUUAAUCACAAUGGUUUCUGUUAACAUUUUCCGUUGUUUGCCACCAGCAUCACACGAAAACACGGGAACCGAAUCGGUUGAUCCAGAAGACGAUGAUACGUAUAUGGAUCCAUCUUGGCCUCAUUUACAGCUCGUGUAUGAAAUUCUAUUGCGUUACAUUAUUUCACAAGAAACAGAUAUAAAAAUCGCUAAGCGAUAUGUUGAUCAUGUUUUUGUUUUGAAACUUUUGGACUUGUUUGAUUCGGAGGAUCAACGCGAGCGUGAGUAUUUGAAGACAAUUCUUCAUAGGAUUUAUGGAAAGUUUAUGGUUCAUAGGCCUUUUAUAAGAAAAGCUAUUAACAAUAUAUUCUAUCGUUUUAUAUUUGAGACUCAAAGGCAUAAUGGUAUUUGUGAAUUGCUUGAGAUUAUGGCUAGUAUUAUAAAUGGUUUUGCUUUGCCUAUGAAAGAGGAACAUAAACUUUUUUUGAUUAGGGCUCUUAUACCACUUCAUAAACCCAAAUGUAUUUCGUCAUAUCAUCAAAAUUUGUCUUAUUGCGUUGUUCAGUUUGUUGAGAAAGAUGGAAGAUUGGCUGAUCCUGUGAUAAAGGGGUUGUUGAAGUAUUGGCCUGUUACUAAUUGUCAUAAGGAAGUGCUUUUUCUUGGUGAAUUAGAAGAGGUUCUUGAGUCAACUCAACCACCUGAGUUUGUUAGAUGCAUGGUUUCUCUUUUCAGACAGAUUGGCCGUUGCCUUAACAGUUCUCACUUUCAGGUUGCUGAACGAGCACUCUAUUUGUGGAACAAUGAGCAUAUUAUAAGCUUAGUGGCUCAGAAUCGAAAUGUUAUAUUGCCAAUAAUCUUCGAUGCUUUGGAAAAUAACAUGAAAAGUCAUUGGAACCGAGCAAUCCUUGGACUAACAGCCAAUGUUAGGAAGAUGUUUCUGGAGAUGGAUGCCGAACUGUUUGAAGAGUGUCAAAAAAAUUACUUAGAGAAGGAAGCCAGGGCUGCAGAACUUGAAGAAAAGCGUGAGUUAACAUGGAAGCAAUUGGAAGCAGUGGCUGCACAGGCUGUUGUGAGAGAUGAGAUGGUUUUGGUUGGUUAACGGAUGUUUUGUUGGGCUGCAACUCUUCUUUCCACAGUGGUGCUUUUGCUCAAAUUUUUGCUUAUAAUCAAGUUAGGCAACUGCUACAUUGCUGCAAAAUGUAGAUUGGAAAGGAAGAAAUCAUAAUUUUAUUUCAAUUACAGGUGUGAUGACCAAGAGGAGCGAAUUAACGAGCUCGCAAGUCACAUUUUUUGGUGAGCAAGGAAUAUAGAGGUAGCAUUUGGCAUACGGACAAAAUAGAACAGAACUACCUGUUCUUUUUAAUUAUUUUAUUUUUGGUUCCAUCCUUUUUAGUGGAACCAAAUGUACUACAUUUUUUUUUCUUCACAUUCUGUUUUGAUAUACUUUCAAUAUGCAUAAAAUAUAGAACAUAACUCACAUGUUCUAUUCUGAUAUGUCUAUCAAAGGCUAUGGUGUUGCUUUUGAUAUAAAUAUCCCUCCUUGUUUUUUCAUUUCAUUCCUUAUAUCCAGUAUCAUGUGUUAAUUAAUUGUAAAUAUAACCUUUUAUUUUCAUUGAAUGGAAGAAUGAUGUUGAUGACUUUGAUCA